AUGCGUGGAGCAAGCACGGGGCAAGAUCCCUCUUCUCAAGCUCUCGAGUCUGCGGGCACAGCGCCUAUGGAUCCCUCGGGGAAUUUGGAGGCCUCUGGUCCGGAAUCGACCCCCGAUCAGAAGGUCUCCGAGGCCGCUGAACCCCAGCAGUCCAUUCCGGACGCUUCUACUCAGCAAGCCUCUUCAUCUGUUGCAGCUACCUCCAAUCAACCCGAUGCCGAAGGCACUGACGCGCCUAAGAAGCGUAGUCUGUUGAUCCCAAUUCCGUCGCGCCGCUCUUCGAAAGCCGACAAACAAUCAACGGAGAAGGCCGAGGAAACUGCCCAGGAGACCUCAACUCGCCGAAGUUCUAAAGUUAGUAUUCUCAACAAAGUGCACCGUGAUCGUAGUCGGGCAAGUAGCAGACGGUCACGACGGGCGACACAGGAGGCGGCCAAUGUGGAGAAAUCCACAGAUUCGGCCACUCCGACUACCCCAGAGAUGAAUGGCCCUCCUCGAUCCCAGAAGAAGAGCAAGUUCCUGGCUUUCCUCAGCUGCUGUUCCUCCCCUGGUGUGGAUGGCGACGAUGAGGCGGUUCCCGCAAAGAAAUCCACCAAACAAGCGCCCGCUCCCAAUCGCCUCCCGACCCCCGACAAAGCCGAAGCCCGAACGGGUGAUUCAAGCGCCGCAGAGUCGAGAGACCCGGCCUACUUUGAUAACGAGAAAUCAGAUUUGACCGUUAGCGACCAACCCAAGCAAGAAGAAGGGUCUACCGCCCAACCCCCACCUGACGCGCCAGGUGAAGGAACUUCCGCCUUAGCGAAUCAGCCAGAAGUCACCGAAACUGGAAAAGAAGCAGAGAAACAUACAUCUACCAAACCCAUCAUGGCUAAUGGUAUUGCGCCCGAAUUGAAGCCCGAUGCCCCACCAUCUGAGGAGGUCAAAACGCCAGAGGAGGAAGAACCCCCGGUUCUUGAUACCAUCUCCAAGCAACCUGUGAAUGGCGAAAUUGACGGUGAUCACGAAGAGGACGUUACCGCCGAAGAUACCUCGAACACCAGCGGCACAUUGGUUUUCGCCCCGCCUCCGCCAGCGCCUCCUGCGGGUCAGCAGUGGUUGCUCCCGUCGAUUCCUCAACACCUGCAGGGUCGAAAAUGUCUUGUCUUGGAUCUUGAUGAAACUUUGGUUCACAGUAGUUUUAAAGUUCUUGAACGUGCCGAUUUCACUAUUCCAGUCGAGAUCGAGGGUCAGUAUCACAAUAUCUAUGUCAUCAAGCGACCCGGUGUGGAUCAAUUUAUGAAACGAGUGGGUGAGUUGUAUGAGGUCGUGGUGUUUACAGCAUCCGUUUCCAAGUAUGGUGAUCCGUUGCUGGACCAGCUUGAUAUACACAACGUGGUUCACCAUCGGUUGUUCCGAGAGAGUUGUUACAAUCAUCAAGGAAACUACGUCAAGGACCUUUCUCAAGUUGGACGUGACCUCCGUGAAACGAUCAUCAUUGACAAUUCCCCUACUUCGUAUAUCUUCCACCCUCAACACGCGAUACCCAUCAGCAGCUGGUUCUCUGACGCACAUGACAAUGAACUACUUGACCUUAUCCCCGUUCUCGAGGAUCUUGCUGGGACUCAAGUCCAAGAUGUCACCAUGGUCCUGGACAUCGCCCUGUGA